AUGUUCAAGAAGCUACUCCUGUUCUCUGCUGCUUUGACAAGCACAAUCGUCAAUGCAACCACCUAUGCAACCUUCUACUCAGACCCCUCAUGUACCGAGAAUGCCUCUGUAGACUUUAGCGUAAACAACCCGGGCUGUUUCAGCGCUGGCAGCAACGAAUACGUCAAGUAUCACGGCACCAACGUCCAAUGCUUCUCGCUUGUCAAAUCACCAGACGCAAGCUCUCCAUGCCAAUUCGAUUGUAUAACAGGAUUGUCCAACUCUAAUGCUCCAGUUCCAGACUGCGCUGGUCUCAUUAUUCCUGAGGGCAAUUGCUACUACGUUGGACAACAUGAGUCACUCCGUUUCAUUGGAGGCAAAUGCCCAUCGAACGAUUGCCCAGACAGAUCAAGCAGAUCAAUUCCAACACUCGAAGACUACGAGGAUGAACAUUAUCAGGAGGAUAAAUACUAUGAUGAUUCCAACUCAGAGCAAGAGCAAGAACAAGAGCAAGUAUCGGAGCAAGUCAGCGAAGAUGGCGAUAUACUGGAACAAACUGUUGACAACGUCGCCGAUGGUCUCACUGAUGCUGUUGACAGCCCCACUUCACCUGCACUCGACAGACGAGACUAUGGUGUACCAGGCGUCGGAUACUACCGCAUGUGUAAAGACAAGUAUUGCACCUUGGACUGCUCAAUCAACUUCAGAACUACCGACCCAGGCUGUAUCAACGGUGGUGACUUCAAAUCUCUGCAACUACCUGGUGGUCUUGGCAGCACAAGCACUUUGCAGCUAGUUGGUACCCCUCACCCAGGCUGCGUAUGUCAAGAUGCUUGUUGGAAUGUGCAGGGCCCUUCAUGUAUGGAGUUGCCUGAUGACAUGAAAAACAAAGGUUCAUACCGUAUGAUCCAGCAAGGCUCAUGUGACAGCAACAACUGCUAA